AUGUCAUACUGGCCUGGUUUGCUCAUUACCCGCGCGCAGGCAAUCAUAGCCCACGAUGCACCAUUAUGGAUCACCUUUUCAUGUUGGGCAUCAAUGCUCCGACUAUGUGCACAUGCAGCCGUCACCUUCCGAGAUUGUCCUGAUGCCUCGUCCACUCUUCGGAGCCUCGCAGCACAUUUCGUCUCUCCGCCAGUAAGAAUGCGACGAAGCUCAAAAAAUGAUGCAAGACAAGAACCCACGCGCAAUUAG